AUGACUGCUCCCGAGCCGGAGGAGGCCAAGAUAAUGAAAAACCAGGACACUGAGGAUAUGUUCAAAACGGAUCAAAACAAGUUCGCUUUCAGUCCAGGUCAGCUCUCGAUGUUACUCAACCCCCAAAGUCUCAACAUCUUUUAUGCUCUCAGAGGACUCAAUGGCAUAGAAAAAGGGUUGCGGACUGAUCGAAGUGCUGGCCUUAGUACGGACGAGUCGACAUUGGAUGGAGAGGUUGACUUUCACGAUGUUGCACCGAAAGGAACAUCAAAACAUGGCACUGCUGGAGAUGCUAUACCGGAAAGCAAUGCAGAAGCGGCAGUUCAUAUUCCCCCUCCCGAUGAGCCUCAUCCGACAGGGCCAUUCUGCGACCGAAGGAAAAUAUUCAGAGACAAUCGCCUCCCCGAGAAGAAGUCCAAAUCUUUACUGGAGAUUGCCUGGACCACCUACAACUAUAAGACUUUUGGUGGCGAACAUGAAAAUGGCGAGCCCAGAGUUGAAUGGGUCGAGGGUGUGGCGAUCAUAGUUGCCAUUGUUAUCGUUGUGCUUGUCGGUACGAUUAACGACUGGCAUAUGCAGAGCGAUCGCAUGGUCAAUGUUAUUCGAUCUGGAAGGUCACAAGAAAUAUCCAUCAGUGAUGUCAUGGUAGGCGAUGUUAUGCAUCUGGCCACGGGAGACAUCGUACCUGUACAUGGAAUUUUUAUCCAAGGAAGCGCCGUUAAAUGUGACGAAUCGUCGGCUACUGGGGAGUCAGACCUCCUUCGAAAGCCACCAGCAGCAUAUGUUUUCGAUGCGAUGCAGAAACUCGACGUAAAGGGUCGUGCUGUUAAUGAUUCAGUCAAAAAAGGACAAGGCGAAUGA